GACGGGUGACUGACAGGCAGCGGAAGAGGAAGCUGCGGACAGGGGCUGUGAGGUGGCAGCGGCUGCAGCGGCGGAGCCGGCGCCUCAGCGGGCACUGGGGUCUGUUCCCCCUUCCCCGUCCCUGCUCCCUGCCAGGCGCGUGCGGGACGCCGCUCUUGGUCCCCACGCCUCCGCCCCGCCCCCUCCCGGGACGCCGGGAGACCCCGGCCGUCCUUUAUCCGGUGUCCGCCGGCCCCCGGCCCUGAAACCCGGGCCUCCUCCCCGAGGGCCUUGGGCGUCCCUCCUGGUCCUGCGCUCGCGGCCUCGAUGCUGUCUCUGGCGCGGCCUCCGCUCCCGCCGACUGGCCUGAGAACGAGGUCUGUGCCCCAGUCUCCCGGCCGCGACCUCCGACCCCGCCUCGCAGAACGACCCGAGCUGGUCUCCCGAGCCCCCUUCUCAGCAGCCCGGUGACGUGGCCAGUUUAUUUCUGUUUUCAGACGAACGGCGAAGACUCGCGUCGGGCCUUCGUUCUAGGGCUAGACUUGGUCUCUGAUCGCCGAGAGGUAGCGCAGGGGUCCUGUCGGAAGCUGGCCGCGCUUCUGUUUGCGUUCCCAGGACCCUGGCAUUGUCUCUAGUUGCUGCUUGUGCUCUCUCUUUGCUUUUGGUUUGCUUCAAUUGGCCCCUGGGGCCCUGGUAAAACCAGGCACCGAAUCGCUCGCACACAGUAAGAGUUCCAGUCCCCGCCUGCUGUCUCCUCAGCAGCUGGGGUUCCGAGGAGAAUGCCCUGCAAGAUGGCUCCAUCGGCCAUGGCGCUCCUGAGAGGCUGUCAGUGCUGAGUCACCGAUCUACCUCAUUCGGGUGGGCAGAAUUUAUGUGUGCCAUGCGAGUGGCUCCAGACCGCUCCUGAGUGGGAGGAGGGGUUCCUGUAGCCGUUGCGUCUUCUCAAACACGGGGAGCAGAGUAGAAAGAGGCUCUGGCCCCUUCCCUUGUGCCCACCGGGCCUGCCGCAGUGGCUCAGCAGCCCCUUCAGUAGCCCGCCUGAGGACCGAUGCCAGAGGCAGGCAUUCUUCCGGAAAGGCCCACUGAGGCAGGCUCCGGCUUCUCUGGUUGGGGGCUGUUGUUUUGAUGGAUCGUGUGUUUUUCCCUUACCUCUUAUCGCUUGCUGUCAUCUGUUGACUUAGGCCCAGUCUGCAGAUGUGUGUAGUGUUCCUUUUUGGGUUAGCUUUGGCAGUAUUGAGUUUUACUUCCUCCUCUUUUUAGUGGAAGACAGACCAUAAUCCCAGUGUGAGUGAAAUUGAUUGUUUCAUUUAUUACCGUUUUGGCUGGGGGUUAGUUCCGACACCUUCACAGUUGAAGAGCAGGCAGAAGGAGUUGUGAAGACAGGACAAUCUUCUUGGGGAUGCUGGGCCUGGAAGCCAGCCGGCCUUGCUCUGUCUUUGGCCUCAUUGACCCCAGGUUCUCUGGUUAAAACUGCAAGCCUACUACUGGCCUGGUGCCCAUCAAUCCAUUGAUCCUUGAGGCUGUGCCCCUGGGGCACCCACCUGGCAGGGCCUACCACCAUGCGACUGAGCUCCCUGUUGGCUCUGCUGCGGCCAGCCCUUCCCCUCAUCUUAGGGCUGUCUCUGGGGUGCAGCCUGAGCCUCCUGCGGGUUUCCUGGAUCCAGGGGGAGGGAGAAGAUCCCUGUGUCGAGGCUGUAGGGGACCGAGGAGGGCCACAGAAUCCAGAUUCGAGAGCUCGGCUAGACCAAAAUGAUGAAGACUUCAAACCCCGGAUUGUCCCCUACUACAGGGACCCCAACAAGCCCUACAAGAAGGUGCUCAGGACUCGGUACAUCCAGACAGAGCUGGGCUCCCGUGAGCGGUUGCUGGUGGCUGUCCUGACCUCCCGAGCUACACUGUCCACUUUGGCCGUGGCUGUGAACCGUACGGUGGCCCAUCACUUCCCUCGGUUACUCUACUUCACUGGGCAGCGGGGGGCCCGGGCUCCAGCAGGGAUGCAGGUGGUGUCUCAUGGGGAUGAGCGGCCCGCCUGGCUCAUGUCAGAGACCCUGCGCCACCUUCACACACACUUUGGGGCCGACUACGACUGGUUCUUCAUCAUGCAGGAUGACACAUAUGUGCAGGCCCCCCGCCUGGCAGCCCUUGCUGGCCACCUCAGCAUCAACCAAGACCUGUACUUAGGCCGGGCAGAGGAGUUCAUUGGCGCAGGCGAGCAGGCCCGGUACUGUCAUGGGGGCUUUGGCUACCUGUUGUCACGGAGUCUCCUGCUUCGUCUGCGGCCACAUCUGGAUGGCUGCCGAGGAGACAUUCUCAGUGCCCGUCCUGACGAGUGGCUUGGACGCUGCCUCAUUGACUCUCUGGGCGUCGGCUGUGUCUCACAGCACCAGGGGCAGCAGUAUCGCUCAUUUGAACUGGCCAAAAAUAGGGACCCUGAGAAGGAAGGGAGCUCGGCUUUCCUGAGUGCCUUCGCCGUGCACCCUGUCUCCGAAGGUACCCUCAUGUACCGGCUCCACAAACGCUUCAGCGCUCUGGAGUUGGAGCGGGCUUACAGUGAAAUAGAACAACUGCAGGCUCAGAUCCGGAACCUGACCGUGCUGACCCCCGAAGGGGAGGCAGGGCUGAGCUGGCCCGUUGGGCUCCCUGCUCCUUUCACACCACACUCCCGCUUUGAGGUGCUGGGCUGGGACUACUUCACAGAGCAGCACACCUUCUCCUGUGCAGAUGGGGCUCCCAAGUGCCCACUACAGGGGGCUAGCAGGGCGGACGUGGGUGAUGCGUUGGAGACUGCCCUGGAGCAGCUCAAUCGGCGCUAUCAGCCCCGCCUGCGCUUCCAGAAGCAGCGACUGCUCAACGGCUAUCGGCGCUUCGACCCAGCACGGGGCAUGGAGUACACCCUGGACCUGCUGUUGGAAUGUGUGACACAGCGUGGGCACCGGCGGGCCCUGGCUCGCAGGGUCAGCCUGCUGCGGCCACUGAGCCGGGUGGAAAUCCUACCUAUGCCCUAUGUCACUGAGGCCACCCGAGUGCAGCUGGUGCUGCCACUCCUGGUGGCUGAAGCUGCUGCAGCCCCGGCUUUCCUCGAGGCCUUUGCAGCCAAUGUCCUGGAGCCACGAGAACAUGCAUUGCUCACCCUGUUGCUGGUCUACGGGCCACGAGAAGGUGGCCGUGGAGCUCCAGACCCAUUUCUUGGGGUGAAGGCUGCAGCAGCUGAGUUAGAGCGACGGUAUCCUGGGACGAGGCUGGCCUGGCUCGCUGUGCGAGCAGAGGCCCCUUCCCAGGUGCGACUCAUGGACGUGGUCUCGAAGAAGCACCCUGUGGACACUCUCUUCUUCCUUACCACCGUGUGGACAAGGCCUGGGCCCGAAGUCCUCAACCGCUGUCGCAUGAAUGCCAUCUCUGGCUGGCAGGCCUUCUUUCCAGUCCAUUUCCAGGAGUUCAAUCCUGCCCUGUCACCACAGAGAUCACCCCCAGGGCCCCCGGGGGCUGGCCCUGACCCCCCCUCCCCUCCUGGUGCUGACCCCUCCCGGGGGGCUCCUAUAGGGGGGAGAUUUGACCGGCAGGCUUCUGCGGAGGGCUGCUUCUACAACGCUGACUACCUGGCGGCCCGAGCCCGGCUGGCAGGUGAACUGGCAGGCCAGGAAGAGGAGGAAGCCCUGGAGGGGCUGGAGGUGAUGGAUGUUUUCCUCCGGUUCUCAGGGCUCCACCUCUUUCGGGCCGUAGAGCCAGGGCUGGUGCAGAAGUUCUCCCUGCGGGACUGCAGCCCACGGCUCAGUGAAGAACUCUACCACCGCUGCCGCCUCAGCAACCUGGAGGGGCUAGGGGGCCGUGCCCAGCUGGCUAUGGCUCUCUUUGAGCAGGAGCAGGCCAAUAGCACUUAGCCCGCCUGGGGGCCCUAACCUCCUUACCUUUCCUUUGUCUGCCUCAGCCCCAGGAAGGGCAAGGCAAGAUGGUGGACAGAUAGAGAAUUGUUGCUGUAUUUUUUAAAUAUGAAAAUGUUAUUAAACAUGUCUUCUGCCAAA